UGAGUGCUGAAUAUAUUGUGCGAGAAGUGAGUGCUUGUGAGACACAGACUGAGAGACAAUCAAACCAUACAUUCAAUACAUUCAACAAAACCAAAGCCUCAACUGAAUGGCUGAUCCACUCGUUCACUGAUCACUAACACUACCACCGCGAGUGACAAUACCUCUGCCAUCAGUUGCCAUACCAUAGUUGCGAUCAUGUCUUCACCACUCGCACCACAACCGACUCCUAGACAGACAUCACUACUCCUACUGCUCAAGACAUGAGUCCUAAUGGCAACGAUCACAACAACAACAACAACCCUCGAGUGAAGACUUGAAGUCUUGUAUCUGUUUCUCUCAAUCGAUCGCUUGUUUUGAACAUUUAAGACACUUAUCCAUUGGUGCCAUCGAUUGUGUCCACACAACCCAAUCACCUCUUUGUGUCCAAUCAGUUGAUGUGAUCACUGCUUGCGAUCAUAUCCACCGCGAAGAUGGACUUCCAGUCAAUGAUGGAGACGUUUGCCGAGGCGUGGGUUGCGGCCAAUGUCCAGACGCCACUCACAGAAGCCGCUGAACAGGGUUUACUAUUGAGCUCAUCCCUGGGCGGAAUGGGCGCACAGAAUCUGGAGCUGCCUUUUGAGAGUCCGGGCCGCAGACAAGGACUGGGUCGCGAAAGUGGUGGUGUGUUGGGUCAGUCGUCAUCCCAGUCCUCAUCCCUUCAUAAUACGGACGAUGAGAGCGCGUCGCCACUGAAUACGUGUCCACCCUUUAGUGCUACUGAUCUGAAAGGAGGCCUCCUAUCGAACCAAACAUUAGCUCUCAGUCCUGAGAUGUAUAUACCUCUCAGUCCUGAGAGAACGCCCGAAGCGCUCCAACAGUUUUAUAAUCUCUGUCUGAGCUUUGUUUUUAUCACUCGAUUCCCAACUUAA